UAGUAAAAUAGUAGUUCACUCAACUUUAAGAUACGUUAUUCUUACAACAUUUAGUUUCGUUAGUUUCAUUAUACUAUAUAAAUAUAUUAACAAUAAUGUCCACAAAUUACUAUUAGCAACCGGAAAUGAAAUCCAAUACUUCGUUGUUGUUUCUUCUUUAUGCACUCAUCAAUCUCUUUAUUCUCGUCAAUACGGACAAAGUGGAGGAUCAAAACGGACCCCGAAAUGCUAAAGUCUACAAAUGUAGAAACACCGGCAAUUACACAUCCACCAGUUACAAAAAUAACAUCAAAUCUGCACUCUAUGUAGUCGCCAAAAACAUCGCAGCCAACAACGGCUUUUACCAUUCAACAGCAGGUACCACUGAACCGGUGAACGCUGUUGGCCUUUGUCCGGGUUUCCUUCGCUCAAACUUUUGUGAGGAGUGCGUGAAUAGCACCAUCCCAUUGCUUGAAACGAACUGCCCCAAUCAAAAGGAAGGUGUGGCAUGGGUGAAGGAGUGUAUGAUACGUUACUCAGAUCGUAAAAUUAUGGGAUUGCUUGAUGACUGGUUUUGGGUACACUUACCGGCACUAGCUGUUGCACGCAGGCCUGCUGCUGAGAUGGACAAGGCGUUGAGUGAUUUGAUAACUAAGUUACAUACGCAAGCUGCUGGAGGUACAUCGGCUAAAAAAUAUGCAACUGGGGAUAUAACUUAUGCACCAGAUAUCACAUUAACAUUGGUUAUGCAGUGUACUCCUGAUUUGUCCAAGGAGCAGUGUACUAAAUGUUUAUCCACUACAAAGCAUACAGUCCGUACUUGCUGUAGUGGAAAAACGACUGCACGAAUGUUGUCUCCCAAUUGUUAUUUGCACUAUGAUCAUAUAGAUUUUAGGUUCUGAUUCAGACUCUGUCUGUGUACAAGACAAAGAAUGAUGUAAGUUGUUGGUAUAUAUUGUUAUCACGUUAAAAAAUGUGUAAUGUUUAGUUCAUUCAUUCCAAUGACAACCUUCAUUAGUUAA